AUGUCCUACGACGCAGCGAACCAUUUUUAUUCUAAUACUCCCAUUAAUAAUCAAAACCAACAAAUGACCAUGAUGGCAAGUCCAAUUAGGGGUUCAACUAAUUAUAGUAUGACAACUCCGCAAACUCCAAUGAUGAAUCAAUAUCCUUCAUAUCCUGUGCAUUCUUCUCAUCAAAGAUUUCCAUCUUAUGAAACAUCUGAAUCACGGUCAAAUCCAUACUACACAUCGAAUAGUGGUCCUUAUGAACAUCAACAAUCACCGACCAGAGCGAUGUCCUAUGGCGAAAAUCAUAUUCAGCCGUCACCAUAUUCAUCAACAGGUGUUCAAUUGGCACCUUCGAUACAUGAUUUGAAUUCAAGAACAAGAUCGAAUGAUUAUAAGAAUUUCAAUACAAUGAUGCCAACAAAUCAGAUAUUUUCAGGUAGUUUCGGUUACAACAACCCAACCUUGAUGUCAACAACUCGUCCAAUAUCGAAAUCGCAGCAACUAUAUUCAAACUAUUCACAACAACGAAAAGGAGAUCACAUGUAUGAUAGCAAUGGAGCACGCCAAUAUUCGCCUAAUCAUCCUACUAUGAUCAAUAAUAGUUUAUCAACAUCGAACGCUAGUGCUUAUCAAUCAUUAUAUCAAAAGGAGAUGAGUUCUGCAUCCGGAACCGUCUUGUCUAAUCUUCAACAGAUAAAUUAUCCAUCUCAUUCGAAUGAAUCAAAUGUUUAUCUACCACCCCCACCACUACAGUCGACCUCUACAUCUACGAAUGCUGUUGAUUUAGAUUCGAAUAAUGCUUAUUCUUGUAAUUCUCAGUCACCAAUGUACGGUCAAUCGCCAAUCAAUGAAUCUCAUAUUCUAACUAUACAGGAAAAUGAUAAUAAUUCUUUCAAGACUAAACCAAUUCAAUCCAAUAAUUUAUGUAAAUCUCCAAGUUGCACUAGUAUAUCGUCCCAUGUUCCAGAUGAUCUAGAGUCAAGCAAUUCAUCUUACUCCGAUAAAAGCCCAUCGGUUUUAAAUGAAAAAAAAUCUCAAAAACGCAAGAUUAAUAAAACUACUUCAAUUGAAGUAUUCAAUAAAUUACGCGAAAUGGGUAAUGAACAAGAACGAAAUUUAUUUGUUGACCGCUUACAAAGAUUAUGGGAAGAAGAACAUAUGAUUUGUCGAAAAUUACCAAGCAUAUCUCGGCAAACAAUUGAUUUAUAUCGUUUAUAUGUUUGUAUUCGUGAACAAAAUGGUUUUGAACAAUUUUCAAAAGUAGCAAAAAGUCGUCAUUGGCGUGAUAUUGCAUCGACAUUGAACAUCCCGAAAACUUCAACCGCACCUUUUCAUCUUAAACAAAAAUAUAUUAAUUUUAAAUUAUUUCAUUAUGAAUGUAAAUAUGACCGAGGUGGUAUUGAUCCUGAUGCGACAUUAACAGAAAUUGAUAAAACACAAGAACAACGUUUAAAAACAGUCAACAAGAAAAAUGAUAACAAAUUAGUAGCAAUUCAAGAUCAACCAAUGUCACUAUCAAGUCCAUCUUCGUCAAUGGGGACUAGUCGUAUUGAUAAUUUACCAUUACAACAAUAUCAAACAACUGUACCACUUGUGUCCAAAACGUCACAAUCGUUCAAUUUAAUCUCUCGUGCGUCUAAUUCAAGUGCCGAUGGUCAAUUACAACAAGUUCCUACUAUAACUGGACAGCUUGCAAAAAGAUCACAAGAUGUAUCCAAUCUAAAUUCCAUAUCAAAAUCUAUUUUGUUUCCAAUCGGUUCUAUUGAAGCAACAACUAUUUCAUCAAAAAUUAAACGAAAAAAAUUAACUGCCAAAGAUAUUCCAUUCAUUGAUUCAAUGAAGCUACAAAUGUCGUUGCGUGGUGGUUUACUAGCUGAAACUAGCUGGGCAUUAGAUACUAUUAAUAUAAUGCUAAACGAUGAUGAAGCACAUAAACAUCUACAAUUAAAACAAAUGCCGGGUCUAUUACAAGCACUUGUUGAUAUUUAUAGUAAAUGUUUAGCACAAUUAUUUAAUGAAUUUAUAGUCGAAAAUGAGCAAAUUUUGAAUGAUUCAGCAAACAAAUAUCAACAUAGGAAAAAACACGAUUCAAUUAUAUAUCGUAUUGAAUCAAAUUAUUUAGAUAAAUAUCAACAAAAAUAUAAUAAACAACAGAAUAUAAUUAUCGAACAUAUCUAUGAUGAUCAUGGCAAUCUAAAAAAUAAUCCCGAAGAGGUUUUAGAUCUUCAAAAUACAGAUGAUUUAAGUUAUAUACAAACUCAUUUUGAUCCAAUACAUAAAGAUGAUAAGUAUUAUGAAAAUCUUUACUAUGGUCAUCAUCAUUCUAAUGAUACAUUGUCAUUGGAUAAGCAUAAUGGACACUUGAUAAAAGAAUUCAAUAUAUCGUCAUAUAAAUAUUCUGAAACAUCUGACAGUGAUCCUAUAAAAUCUCAGUAUGAGAAAUCUGAUCUGUUACUGAAUACAAUAGACGAUAAUAAAGAAUUUUUUCAACGUUACAAACGAAAAUUUUCAACUGAUGAAUUAUAUUCUAAUAAAUGUACAAGAGAUUUUAAUUCUUUUCUUAAAUUGAACGAUCACGAAGACAAUAAAUUAACAUUAUUUACAAAGUAUUCAUCUGGUUAUGAUCAAAUAUGUUCUCGUUGUAUAUGCGUAUCGUCAAUUUUACGAAAUCUAAGUUUUAUACCAGGCAAUGAUAUUGAAUUGGUUGAAUGUAAAACAUUAAUUCACGUAUUAGCUCGUAUUUUAUUACUUGGAAACAACAUUAAUCAUACUAAUAAAAUAAAUACUUUGUCCAAUAAAGAAAUGAAAGAAUUGUCGAAUGAUCAAGUUAUUAACGAUGAUUCAUUAAAGAAUGAAAAUCAAAACACAACAUCAUCGUUUUCUUUAUCUGAAUGUCUAAUGAAUAUUCGUGAAAAUACUCUAGUCACUGUAGCUAAUAUUGCAAGUUUUCUUAUUUUCAAUACAUAUGAUUCCAAUUUAAUCAAUGAAUUAAUCAAUGGUCUAUUAUAUUGGUCAACAUGUUAUUCAGAUGAAACCAUUGAACAAUUACAAUCAUUGCAUAUUUCUGCUCAACAUUUAUCGAUUGAAAUUUUGACUAAAUUAAGUGUACACGAUAUGAAUAUGGAUUUCAUUUUGGCGACACCCUCAUUUAAUUGUAUAAUAUCUUUAGUUCAUAUUUUAAUUGAUUGGUUAAAUGUUAGUAAUGCGAAUAGUAUUGUAUCAAAUUUGUCUACAAAUAUAUAUCGAUCUCAAGCAUAUAUUCAGCGUGAAUUUUCAAUAGUUUUAUUAAAUGCAUUAAUACGAUGUGAUUCAAACAUUGCUCAUAUAAUUGCACAUAUUCCAUAUACAGUAUCAUUAUUAAUUGAUUUUUUAGAAGAUUAUGAUAAAAAAACUAAUGAACUAAUAACACGCUAUGGUUCCGAUUAUGUUUUACGUUUAAUAAAUACAUCAGAAGCAGAAAAUAUGUUAUUAACGACAAAUGAUAUGUUGACUCGAGCAGCUACAUGCUUAUUAGCAAUGGUUAAUAAUAAAGAUAAUAUUGAAAUACUGAAAAAAUAUGAAGAUCGUAUAUUAAAUUUAUCAAUAUCGAAUGUUAUUGACCGAAACAUUGGACGAAUCCUUACAGAUAUUUUACAUCAUUGUUCGAUGUACAACAGUUAA